CUCGGCAGCGGCUCCUCCGGAAAGGUUUGGCGUGUGCGGCGCCGCUCCAAUGGCGACGCGCUGGCGCUCAAGGAGAUUUGCGGCUUUGACGACCAGCAGGAGCUGACACAGCGCACGGUGCUAAGCGAGGUGCGGCUGCUUGCGUCGAUCCGGCAUGAUAACGUGGUCGGCUACCUCGAGAGCUUCAUCGAGGCGGGCAGUCUCCACAUCGUUAUGGAGCUCUGCGACGGCGGAGACCUG